AGCUCACAGCUCACAGCGUCACUGUGGCUUUUUUCAACCAAGCUUUUGAUGUAAAAAAAAAUACAGUUUCUAAAGCGUUGCAUUCUACCACAGCUCCAGUUAAGACUCUCACUAAACAAGAGCGUUAUGUUGAGUUUUCGCAAGGAUUAGUGAAGAAAUCACAUUGUUCAACUCAAUAUGGAAAACGUUCUGCAUUUAUUUCCACAAUUUAGUGUUACGGCUUCGUCUGGUGAGUCGCACUUCAAGGUGUUCAAAGAGUUUCAAAAACAUCGGGCAAAAAAAGAUUCAAGAAAUGGCCUGACAGACAGAAGAAAUAGAGAUAGUCGCCUUCAAAAAGCAGAAUCUCAUGAAAAUAUCUUUUCAGAUAAAUCUGAGAAUUUCACCUGUAUUACAAGCGUGUCCCCUGAAGAGGCAGUGAAAUGGGGCGAAUCCUUUGACAAACUGCUUUCUCAUAAAGAUGGGAUAGAAGCAUUUAAAAAGUUCCUGAAAAUGGAGUUUAGUGAUGAAAACCUAGAGUUUUGGUUGGAAUGUGAGGAAUACAAAAAAAUCCAAACAAGUAGACCGAUGAAUGACAAAGCAAAGUGUCUUUAUGAAAAAUACAUUCAAAUGGACUCGCCUAGAGAGGUCAAUCUUGACUUUGCCACAAAGGAAAUGACCAAGAAGAGUAUAGAACAGCCAGCACACACCAGCUUUGAUCUUGCACAGAAUAAAAUUUAUACUCUUAUGGAGAAGGACAGUUAUCCAAGGUUCCUGAAAUCAAAUAUCUACUCUGAUAUACUAAAUGGGAAACAACUUCUUGCUUCAUUUCCUGCUGUGCGUAGGCGAUCUCGAUCUUUUACAGUUAAUGACUUCCAACAAUUUGAUUCUGACUCUAGUAUAUGGUUGUGAAUCCUCAUUCAAUUUACACGUAUUAAGUCGGUGUUCCUGUAUUAUAAUUUAUAUCUUGACGAGCUUAUGUCUAUUUUAGUCUAAAUUUAGUCUAGAUUACUAAUGCUUUGUAUGAGUAUAGAACAAACAGCUUACUAGCUAGUUAGAGUUUUAACAACACUAACUGGAAGUGUGAAACUUGUUCCAGUAUGAUUUUUUGCUGUUACUGACAUUUUCCAUUAAAAUAUGAAAGUUAACCUAGUUCUGUAAAUAAUCGCUAAUGAAUGUUUAUAGAUUUCAAACCAUUGUUUCUAAAGCUAUGUAAAUUUUUCACAUCUGCAUUGAGGAAAUAGAGGAUGCAAUUAAAAAAUAAUUUUUUUAAUUAUGA